CAGAAGGGAUUCCCGCUUGUGGCCUUGGUGGCACUGCCCCCUCCUCCAGGGGCCGCCCCGGUAAUCUGACACUGGGAUCUCCAGGAGACUCGCCAGACGCCUCACAGCAAAGCCGGGGGCGGGAGAACCUCAGCUGGGCUGUCAGUGGCAGGAGCGGUUCCUCACUAGCCAGCUUGCUGGCUCACUCACUCACUCACUCUGGCCGCUGGGAAAGCCACAGCAGGAGGCACCUGGGCUCCCAGCAUGGCCUCCGUGGUGGAGGAGCUGCGCACUGUGGGCCAGAGGUUGCUGCUGAAGCUGCAGAGGCUGCCGCAGGCCGAGCCCGUGGAGGUGGUGGCCUUCUCCAUCAUAGUCAUCUUCACAGGCACCGUCCUGCUGCUGAUGCUAAUAGCCUGUAGCUGCUGCUGCUCUGGUUGCUGCUGCCCCGAGCCCAGGACCAGGAAGGAGCAGGUUCGGCCCCUGUCCCCUGCCUGAGAGCCAAGACAAGAGGCAAGAGCAGAAAGAGCAGGAGUGAACCUGCCCUGCAACUUCAGAUCCCAAAGUGACCUACAGCCUACCUGCAGCCUAAACCCACAGAGCUGCUUACAUCCCAGAGCACAAGCCCGGGCCUGGGGGCACCGCCUGCCCUUGGGGUCCUUUUGUGGGGCUGGGUUUGGGGUUCUGCUAGCUGCUGCCGCCAUGCCCAGCACACAUCACAUCAGUAUCCAGCCCAGGAGCAGCGUCAGCCUAUUCCUUUCCCACUAGAAGCUUUGGUUUCUGGGGUCCUACUGAGGGCCAGGACCAUCCUUUCCUGGCCUCUGUGCCUGGGGUACCCAGGAGAGCUGGAAAAACACUGGCAGGAGGAAGGCGCAGCGGAGGGGGCAGCAGGCCGGUCCCACCUCCACUUGCCUCCCUGCAGCUCGGCCCUCUGGGGGGAGAUGUCUCCCAAACACCAGAGUCCUGGCCCUGGGGUCUGCCUACCCCUGCACCCCAGCCCUGGUGCCUCUCACUAGCCUCUGCUUAGUUUCUGAGGUCCAAGUCCUCACCCCAACUCAGCACAACCCAACCCUGGACCAGUCGUCACAUUCCCAACGCUGUAGAAAAGGAGCUUCCAGAGGACACGCCCAGCCCCAUGUGCUGCAUGCCUUGCCUUGCCCUGGCCACCUCGGUCCUCCACAGAAGGUUCCAGAGGUGGUUGAGCCAGAAGGGGUGAGAAGUGAGCGGGUUCCAUGAAGCCUGUCCAAAGGGAGAGCCUGAGCUUCCCAGGGUGGAGAGGCCCCAGAACUAGGGGCUGAGGGUGUGGCUGGCUCAGGCCAGUUUCACUUCCUGGUGUCCAUGGACCUGUCCAACGGGUUAGGUAUGGGCCAGAGACCCAAAAGGGAAACACUUCUGUGCCUCAGAGAGCCGGCUGCUCCCUCCUCCCUGUACACCCCGAAAGACAGGUCCCGGGUCCUGAGGAGCUGAGACCCACUGCCUUUGCAGGUGGCCAUCACUCAGCCCUCGCCGCACCUUAUCAACUCCUUUCUAGAGCCACAGCCACACAAAGUUUGAAAGUUUGACUGCUUAAGAGGGAGCAGUGCAGGGAUAGACACAGCACCAAUGGCCGAGCAUGCCUGGGUCUGAUCCCCGGCACUGCCCCGGAAAUGAACCCUACGCACAGACUCAGGAAUGGGUCCCCCCAACACGCUGCCGGGUGUGGCCAAAACCAAAGUGGCAGAGCCAGCUCCUGCCUCGCCCCCUUAGCCUGACACGCCUGGGGCCCCAGGCAAGUUGGCAACCUAGAGACACUCCUGCCUCUCAGAACACCUCCCGAGUGGAUAGGUGGGGCCACCAGGCACCCCCACAAGACAAACAGGGAAGGUGGGAGACCAGGCAGUGUCUGCUUCUGCAGCCCAAGUGGAGUGCCCAGACCCAAAGCUUUGUGGUCCCUGCUUUUGGGGGCUGACCACACCCCACAGCCAGUGCACCCCUCCAUGCCAGGCCCUGUCCCACAACCUCUGUCCUCUGUAGCAGACCUAUGGUGGCAUGAGAGUUGGGUUAGGGCUUCUUGGGGGUGAUGAGUGGAAAGGAACCAGGCUUUCCUUGCCCCCACAGUGCCCACGGCAGAUGGAACAUAGACCAGCAGGGGCUGUCUGAAGCCAGAAGCCAGGAGGCCCCUCACCUCACCCCCUAAGGUGCCCCAGAGCAGGGGCACAGCCAGCUCUCCCCCUCCCCUGCAAUUCCACAUGGCAGCCCCAAUCUCUUGAAGGGGUCCCUGUUGCACCUCACUCGUACCCAGCACCUGCUUCUCCUCCUGCCCUUCAGGUGCAGGGGACAACGUCCACUACGCCAAAAUGUCCCUCUGGAUAGGGGCUCCCACACACCUUGUAACUGCUCUCUGGGAGGGCACCCCGAAACCUGCUGACAGACUCCCUCAGCUUCCAGUGCUGCUCCUGCCCCUCAUGCUCCUCGUAACAAGUCAUGGAGAGCUGGUUCCUAGCUUGGGGCUCCUCCUCUGCCUGCGGCUGUGCAUUAUGGCCAUUAUUUAUGACAAUAUUCAACUUUAUCUCUGCCAUUGUUCUGGGGGUUGCACCCAGAGGUGGCGAGUGGGGAGGGCACACUCCAGAGACCAAACCCAAGGCUCCCCCACUUGAGCCACAUCAUCAGUCUGAAUCUUAUUUAUUACAAGUGUCCUCAUUAAAUGUCUGGGGUCUUUUUGUCC